UAUUGGGUAAAGAACUUCAGUUGACGUGUCGGACCAAAAGUAUACGAGAAAUUCCGAACCUGUCCUCGUCUCCUUCGUUGAGAACCCCAAAAUCCGUCUCCGGAGCCCUGUGAUUUUCACCUCUUCUCCGAUCAGCCAUGAAGAUCAGUAGGUUCAGUGCUUGGAAGGUCCUCUUCUCCCUAUUGAUCCUCUGUCUCCACCCCGCGGCUUCAUCCGCCCGGUCGUUCGUGCUCUUCCUCUCGCAGGACGACAUCAACGACAUCACCAACUCGCCGGAUGACAUCGAUCCGGCCCACCUCGACUCGGCCGAGUGGGACGAGUUCGGUGAAUCGGAGACCAAGCCCGACGAGGAGCUCGACCCGGGCUCGUGGCGCCCGAUCUUCGAGUCCGACUCGGAACUGGCCCUGGCAUCCGAGGCGGAGGAGCUGUACUACUCCGGGGUGGACAAGAUGGUGUCCUCCGUGAGCUCCGGCGACGAGAGGCCGAUGGAAGCGGCCGCGUCGGAGAUCGAGGCCAGCGCGAUGGCGGGAUACCCUCACGCACAGUCGGCGUUAGGUUUUCUAUACGGAAUGGGGCAGAUGCGGGAGAGAAGCAAGGUUAAGGCGUUCUUAUACCACCAUUUCGCUGCUGAGGGAGGGAAUAUGCAGUCUAAGAUGGCGCUUGCGUACACUUAUUCUCGGCAAGAUAUGUAUGAAAAAGCAGUCAAGCUCUAUGCAGAGUUAGCCGAAGUAGCGGUAAACAGCUUCUUGAUCUCUAAGGACUCUCCCGUGAUCGAACCGGUUAGGAUUCACAGUGGGGCAGAGGAGAACAAAGAGGCCCUGAGGAAAUCCCGGGGCGAGGAUGACGAGGACUUCCAGAUAUUGGAAUACCAGGCACAGAAAGGCAAUGCCUUGGCGAUGUACAAGGUCGGGUUAUUCUAUUACUUCGGGUUGAGAGGAUUGAGGCGUGAUCACGCCAAGGCAUUAUGGUGGUUCUUGAAGGCUGUGGAGAAGGGGGAGCCCAGAUCGAUGGAACUCUUGGGAGAGAUAUAUGCACGGGGAGCUGGUGUUGAGAGGAAUUACACCAAGGCCUUUGAGUGGUUGACCCUUGCUUCGAGGCAGCAGCUGUACUCGGCUUACAAUGGAAUGGGGUAUUUAUACGUCAAAGGAUAUGGUGUUGAAAAGAAGAACUACACCAAGGCUAAGGAGUAUUUUGAGAAGGCUGCGGACAAUGACGAGCCCGGGGGUCACUAUAACCUCGGGGUGAUGUAUCUCAAAGGGAUUGGGGUCAAGAGGGAUGUGAAAUUAGCUAGGAAAUACUUUAUAUUGGCUGCUAACUCUGGCCAACCCAAGGCAUUCUACCAGCUCGCAAAGAUGUUCCACAAAGGCGUAGGGCUCAAGAAAAAUCUUCCAACGGCUACUGCAUUUUACAAACUAGUUGCUGAGCGUGGGCCAUGGAGCUCCUUCUCUAGAUGGGCACUGGAAUCAUAUUUAAAAGGUGACAUUGGGAAGGCGUUCCUCUUAUAUUCAAGAAUGGCUGAGCUGGGAUAUGAGGUGGCUCAGAGCAAUGCUGCAUGGAUUCUUGACAAGUAUGGGGAACGAAGCAUGUGCAUGGGGGAAGCAGGAUUGUGCACAGAUGCAGAAAGGCAUCAAAGGGCCCAUUCUCUAUGGUUGCAAGCUUCUGAACAGGGUAAUGAGCACGCUGCUCUGCUGAUUGGAGAUGCAUAUUACUAUGGUCGGGGUACUGAAAGGGAUUUUGAGCGAGCAGCUGAGGCUUAUAUGCAUGCAAAGUCCCAGUCAAAUGCACAGGCGAUGUUCAACCUCGGUUAUAUGCAUGAACACGGUCAAGGGCUACCGCACGAUCUGCAUCUGGCGAAAAGAUAUUACGAUCAGGCUCUUGAGAUGGACCCUGCAGCUAAGCUUCCUGUCACACUGGCCCUCACUAGCCUGUGGAUAAGAAAGAACUAUGCUGACAGCUUCCUCGUCCAUAUGAUUGAUUCGCUGCCCGAGCUCUAUCCGAAAGUGGAAGCUUGGGUGGAGGAUGUGCUCUUGGAGGAAGGCAAUGCCACAAUUCUCACUCUUUUUGUCUGUCUCCUCACCGUACUAUACCUCCGAGAACGUCAGAGGAGGCAUAAUGCUCCCGCUGACGUGCCAGCACCGCAUCAUCAACCCAAUGAGCAGGCUGCAGUACCAGUACCAAACUAACAAAUUACAGUACAAGGGAGGUUGUUCGUGAUUUUCAUUUUCGUUGCGAGAGGAGGGUGAGAUCUCUACUCUCUACUUGCGGGACGAUGUAUAGGUGUUGAAAUCAGAUUUUGGUUUUUCGAGCAAUUAUCUCUGGGGUUCUUUUAUCUUCCAGAUUCCGAAACAUGUAAAGUACAGAGGCUGUAGGAAGGACAGGAAUAAGGAAAUGCCAUUUGCCUCCAAUUAUGAUGGAGACUGUAUUUUAUCUUAAGUAGAUUCGCAGCAGAGCAGAUAACUAAUACAGUUGUAGAAGUCAGAAAGUGAAGUUUUGUAAUUCUAUUGAUUCA